AUGGGCAUUAACAGUACCCCAAGCCUUGCUGUGCUUCUAUCCCUCCUCUUCAAAACACUAUGCGUAUCCGCUGUCGAGAAGAGUAUUUGCAGUCUCUCAUACUUUGGCCUUCCUGACUACCGCGCCUGCUACUCUCUGCUAUUCAGUGGCACGAAGGGGAGACAGAAAGGGAUCAACGUCAUAGACGGCGCGGACCAUGCAUUCCUCCUGCAGGAUUUUGCAGAAGCCUCCGAUUUCACAAAGGAACAGUGGAAGUACAAGGUCUACAUCCCUCACGUGUUCAAGAAUGAGGGAUGCAAGAUCCUUUUAGCCGUUCAAGCGGAUCCGAAAGGGGGCUUCACUCAUGACAGCUCACAUUGGUCGUAUAUAGCAAACGACGGACGGCAAAUAUUGGAGGAUUGCCUGAGUCCUCUGCACUCUGGAAGGCCACGCUCGGGCGGUCAAGGGAAAUCAGGUAUUGGGCGUAAACUUGUCAUGUACCUGUAUUCCUGGGGGUCGAGCUUCGACCGUAACAUAACGCCACAAUUAGCUGCAGGCAACACAAUCGUCGCCAGUAGCGAUGGAGCUGUGGGCAACGUCAGUGUAACUGCACCGUUCUCAAAGCCUUUCCCGAUCUUCCCUUACAAGGCCCCUACUCCAAUCAAUGUGACGGCCUUCCAGUAUGGCCAGGAAUGCUCUUCCAAUGGCGACUGCAGGGCAGAUGGUUUCGUCUGUGUCGUUGGUUCCAUUGGAGACUCGGAGAGCAACCUUUGGGCCGGGACGUGUGAGCUCCCAUAUGCGGAGGUCUCCAAUGGACAGAAAUCGAAUACCUCCGAACUCACUUCCGGGGUAUCAUCAAAUUCGUCAAACACGAUCGAACUGCUAGAGAUGGUCAUUCCUGUGGCUUGUUCAUGUAACUGCACCUAUGUCUCUAAGUCUUGCUGUGGCUCCGCAUCAGGGGUUGUAAAUGAGGCAGCGGCACUGAAACUUGGGACGCUCAAGGCACCCAGUGGGCAAAUUUGCAAUCCGACUACUGGUCGAUUUCAGACAGUGUCAGCUUCAUCUGAUCUGAGCCCAACGUCUUGA